GGGCGGCUCCUUCCGCGCCGGAGUUCUUCUCAUUCUUCUGAAAGACCGCCAGGCCUCCGGAGCGCGCGAUGGACCGCAGUAGGCAGGUUCGAAUCUUGCUGCUGAACGAGAUGGAGAGGCUGGAGAAGACCCUUUUCAGACUUGAGCAAGGGUUUGAACUACAGUUCCGAUUAGGCCCAACUUUGCAGGGAAAAGCAGUUACUGUGUAUACAAAUUACCCAUUUCCCGGAGAAGCAUUUAAUAGAGAAAAAUUCCGUUCCCUGGAUUGGGAAAACCCAACAGAAAGAGAAGAUGAUUCUGAUAAGUACUGUAAACUUCAUCUGCAACAGUCUGGAUCAUUUCAGUAUUACUUCCUCCAAGGAAGUGAGAAGAGUGGUGGAGGUUACAUAGUCGUGGAUCCUGUUUUGCGAGUUGGCGCUGAUAAUCACGUGUUACCCUUGGACUGUGUUACUCUGCAGACUUUCUUAGCGAAGUGUUUAGGGCCUUUGGAUGAAUGGGAAAGCAGACUUAGGGUCGCAAAAGAAUCAGGCUACAACAUGAUUCACUUCACCCCACUGCAGACUCUAGGACUGUCUCGGUCAUGCUACUCCCUGGCUGAUCAGUUGGAGUUAAACCCUGACUUUUCAAGACCUAAUAGAAAGUAUACAUGGCAUGAUGUUGGGCAACUAGUGGAAAAGCUGAGGAAAGAAUGGAAUGUUCUUUGUAUUACAGAUGUUGUCUACAAUCAUACUGCUUCUAACAGUAAAUGGAUCCAGGAACAUCCAGAAUCUGCAUAUAAUCUUGUGAAUUCUCCACAUUUAAAGCCUGCCUGGAUUUUAGACAGAGCACUUUGGCAUCUCUCCUGUGAGGUUGCAGAAGGGAAAUACAGAGAAAAAGGAGUCCCGGCUUUGAUUGAAAACGAUCACCACAUGAAUUGCAUUCGAAAAGUAAUUUGGGAGGAUAUUUAUCCAAAGAUUAAGCUGUGGGAAUUCUUCCAAGUAGAUGAGCACAGAGCAGUUGAGGAAUUUAGAAGACUUCUCGCCCAAGAAAACAGGAGAGUAACCAAGUCUGAUCCAAACCAGCAUCUUAAGAUUAUUCAGGAUCCUGAAUACAGACGGCUUGGCUGUACUGUAGAUAUGAACAUUGCAUUGGCAACUUUCGUACCACAUAACAAUGGGCCAGCCGCAAUUGAAGAAUGCUGUGGUUGGUUCCGUAAGAGAAUCGAGGAAUUAAAUUCCGAGAAGCACCAGCUCGUCCACUAUCACCAGGAACAGGCAGUUAAUUGCCUUUUGGGAAACGUGUUUUACGAACGAAUGGCUGGCCAUGGUCCUAAGCUAGGACCUGUCACUAGAAAACAUCCCUUAGUUACCAGGUAUUUUACUUUCCCAUUUCAAGAGAUGGCCUUAUCCACAGAAGAAUCCAUGAUGCACACCCCAAAUAAAGCCUGCUUUUUCAUGGCACAUAACGGGUGGGUGAUGGGGGAUGAUCCUCUCCGAAACUUCGCAGAGCCAGGUUCGGACGUUUACUUACGGCGAGAACUUAUAUGCUGGGGCGACAGUGUGAAACUGCGCUAUGGGAGUAAGCCAGAGGACUGUCCCUACCUCUGGGCACACAUGAAAAAGUACACUGAGAUAACCGCGACCUACUUCCAGGGCAUGCGUCUGGAUAACUGCCACUCCACACCUAUCCACGUGGCCGAGUACAUGUUGGAUGCUGCUAGGAAAUUACAACCCAAUUUAUAUGUAGUAGCUGAACUAUUCACAGGAAGUGAAGACCUGGACAAUAUCUUUGUCACUAGACUGGGCAUUAGUUCCUUAAUAAGAGAGGCAAUGAGUGCGUACAACAGUCACGAGGAGGGCAGACUGGUUUACCGAUACGGCGGGGAGCCUGUGGGGUCCUUCGUUCAGCCCUGUCUGAGGCCUCUGGUGCCAGCCAUCGCCCACGCCCUGUUCAUGGAUAUCACCCAUGACAACGAGUGUCCUAUUGUGCAUAGAUCAGCCUAUGACGCCCUCCCAAGUGCCACCAUUGUUUCUAUGGCAUCUUGUGCUAGUGGAAGCACACGGGGCUAUGAUGAACUAGUGCCUCAUCAGAUAUCAGUGGUGUCUGAAGAACGGUUUUACACCAAGUGGAGCCCUGGAGCGCCGCCGUCCAAUCGGGGUGACGUUAGUUUCCAGAGUGGGAUUAUCGCAGCCAGGCGUGCCAUCAAUGAACUUCAUCAAGAGCUUGGAGCCAAAGGCUUUAUUCAGGUGUAUGUAGAUCAGGUCGAUGAAGACAUAGUGGCGGUAACAAGGCACUCGCCGAGCAUCCAUCAGUCCGUCGUGGCUGUGUCGAGAACUGCCUUCAGGAACCCCAAGACCUCAUUUUACAGCAAGGAAGUGCCUCAGAUGUGCAUUCCUGGCAAAAUUGAAGAAGUUGUUCUUGAAGCUAGAACUGUUGAGAGGAGCGCAGAACCUUACAGAAAGGAUGAGCAUACUAUCAACGGGAUGCCGAACAUCACCGUGGAGAUGAGAGAGCACAUUCAGCUCAAUGAAAGUAAAAUUGUUAAACAAGCUGGAAUUGCCACGAAAGGGCCCAAUGAAUAUAUUCAAGAGAUAGAAUUUGAGAACUUGUCUCCAGGGAGCGUUAUUAUAUUCAGGGUCAGUCUUGAUCCGCACGCACAGGCUGCUGUUGGAAUUCUGCGGAACCAUCUGACGCAGUUCAGUCCGCACUUUAAGGCUGGGAGCCUUGCUGUUGACAGCUCAGCCCCUAUCUUAAAGGCCCCGUUCGCUUCUAUUGCCUCUAAAUUGACUUUGGCUGAACUGAAUCAAAUACUUUACCGAUGUGAGUCAGAAGAGCAAGAAGAUGGUGGCGGUUGUUACAACAUACCAAACUGGUUGUCCCUGAAAUACGCAGGUCUGCAAGGAUUAAUGUCCGUAUUGGCAGAAAUAAGACCAAAGAAUGACUUGGGACAUCCUUUUUGUGGUAAUUUGAGAUCUGGAGAUUGGAUGAUUGACUAUGUCAGUGGCCGGCUUAUUUCACGAUCUGGAACGAUUGCUGAAGUUGGCAAAUGGUUGCAGGCCAUGUUCUCCUACCUGAAGCAGAUCCCACGAUACCUUAUCCCGUGUUACUUUGAUGCUAUAUUAAUUGGUGUAUAUACCACUCUUCUGGAUACAGCGUGGAAGCAGAUGUCAAGCUUUGUUCAGAAUGGUUCAACAUUUGUGAAGCACCUCUCGCUGGGUUCGGUCCAGAUGUGCGGGGUAGGAAAAUUCCCGUGUCUCCCGCUUCUGUCGCCUUCGCUGCGGGACGUGCCCUACAGGCUCAACGAGGCCACGGGAGAGCGGGAGCAGUGCUGUGCCUCCCUGGCCGCAGGCUUGCCUCAUUUUUCUGCUGGUCUUUUCCGCUGUUGGGGAAGGGAUACGUUCAUUGCACUUAGAGGUCUUUUGCUGGUUACUGGACGCUACUUAGAGGCCAGGAACAUUAUCUUGGCGUUCGCUGGCACUCUGCGGCACGGUCUCAUUCCCAACCUCCUCGGUGAGGGCGUGCACGCCAGAUACAACUGCCGGGACGCCGUGUGGUGGUGGCUGCAGUGUGUUCAGGAUUACUGCACAUGCGUCCCGAACGGGCUGGACAUUCUCAAGUGCCCGGUUUCCAGGAUGUACCCAACGGACGACUCUGCGCCUUUGCCUGCUGGCACACUGGAUCAGCCACUGUUUGAAGUGAUACAAGAAGCGAUGCAGAGGCAUGUUCAGGGCAUACAGUUCCGGGAAAGAAACGCUGGUUCUCAGAUCGAUCGAAACAUGAAGGACGAAGGUUUUAAUAUAACUGCAGGGGUCGAUGAAGAGACGGGGUUUGUUUACGGCGGAAACCGCUUCAACUGCGGCACGUGGAUGGACAAGAUGGGGGAGAGCGACAGAGCCAGGAACAGGGGCGUCCCGGCCACGCCCAGGGAUGGGUCUGCUGUGGAAAUCGUAGGCCUUUGCAAAUCUGCAGUUCGCUGGCUGCUGGAAUUAUCCCAGAGAAAUAUUUUCCCUUAUCACGAAGUUAGAGUGAAAAGGCACGGAAAGGUGGUGGCCUUCUCCUACGAUGAGUGGAACAGGAAGAUACAAGACAGCUUUGAAAAGCUGUUUCACGUUUCAGAAGACCCUUCAGACCCUAAUGAGAAGCAUCCGAAUCUUGUCCACAAACGGGGCAUCUACAAAGACAGUUACGGCGCUUCGAGUCCCUGGUGUGACUACCAGCUCAGGCCCAACUUCACCAUCGCAAUGGUCGUGGCUCCUGAGCUCUUUACUGCAGGAAAAGCAUGGAAAGCUUUGGAGAUUGCAGAAAAAAAAUUGCUGGGUCCGCUAGGCAUGAAAACCUUAGAUCCAGAUGACAUGGUUUACUGUGGAAUUUACGACAACGCCUUAGACAAUGACAACUACAAUCUUGCUAGAGGUUUCAACUAUCAUCAAGGACCUGAGUGGCUGUGGCCUGUUGGAUAUUUUCUUCGUGCAAAGUUAUAUUUUUCCAAGUUGAUGGGUCCAGAGACUACUGCAAAGACUGUGUUUUUGGUUAAAAACGUUCUUUCCCGACAUUAUGUUCAUCUUGAGAGAUCUCAUUGGAAAGGUCUUCCAGAACUGACCAAUGAAAACGGCCAAUACUGUCCUUUCAGCUGUGAGACGCAAGCCUGGUCAAUUGCUACUGUUCUUGAGACACUUUAUGAUUUGUAGUUGCUUCAUGGAUAUUUAAUAUGUAUGCAACCAUUUAUAGUAUGGAAUACAAGUGAUAAUACAGUGUAAAUGCUUUAUA